AUGGAAACACAAAAUCUAACGGUGUUGAAUGAAUUCAUUCUCAUGGGGAUCACAGACCGCCCUGAGCUGCAGGCUCCAUUAUUCGGGCUUUUCCUUGUCAUCUAUGCUGUCUCAGUGGUGGGCAACUUGGGCAUGAUCAUCCUCACCACGAUGGACUCCAGGCUACAGACACCCAUGUACUUCUUUCUCAGACACCUGGCUUUCACCGAUCUUGGUUAUUCAACAACUGUAGGACCCAAAAUGUUAGUAAAUUUUGUUGUAGAUCAAAAUACAAUCUCCUAUUAUUUUUGUGCUAUACAGCUAGCUUUCUUUCUUGUGUUUAUUGUUAGUGAAAUUUUUAUUCUAUCAGCAAUGUCUUAUGACCGCUACGUGGCCAUCUGUAACCCUCUGCUCUACCCAGUCAUCAUGUCACCAAGGGUAUGUCAGCUGCUGGUGGCAGUCCCCUAUCUCUACAGCACAUUUGUUUCUCUCCUAGUCACUGUGAAGACGUUUAAUUUGCCCUUCUGUGGCUACAAUGUCGUCAGCCAUUUCUACUGUGACAGUCUCCCCUUGUUAUCUUUGCUCUGCUCAAAUACGCAUGAAAUUGAAAUGAUUAUUCUGAUUUUUGCUGGUUUUGAUUUGAUUUCAUCCCUUCUGAUAGUUCUUGUGUCUUACCUGCUCAUUCUUGAAUCCAUUCUCAGGAUGAACUCUGCUGAGGGUAGACACAAGGCUUUUUCUACCUGUGGAUCCCACCUGACUGUGGUCAUAGUAUUCUAUGGGACUUUGAUAUUUAUGUAUGUGCAACCUGAGGCCAGUCAUUCCUUUGACAGUGAUAAAGUGGCUUCCAUAUUUUACACCCUUGUUAUCCCCAUGUUGAAUCCCUUGAUCUAUAGCCUGAGGAACAAAGAUGUGAAAUGUGCACUACAAAGGGUGUGGAAAAAACUACGUAAUCUUUUUUCUUAA